GUUAGUAAGCUAACCUAUUUAUCAUUUGGAUAAUCUAUAGUUAGUAUCAGUCUUAAUUGACGUCUUGAAAUAUAAACAAUGUUUUCAUACAUAAAACGACAGUUAUGAAUACUUUUUAAAUAUAAAUUAAUUUAAUUAAUAAUAAAAAAAUUGUUUCUCAUCGGAGAGAACAAUGACUUCGAAUUCACAAAAAAUUAUACGAAUUUUAUCUAAUCUUGAUACUGGUAAAUUAAAAAUAGACCAAAAGGAAAGUAUCAGUGAGCUAUUAAUUGAACUGGAAGAUGAAGCAGCAAGGAAAGAAAUCACCGAAAAUUCAUUUUCGGAAACACACGAUGGACAUAUGAAAUUAACAUGGCAUAGUUUAUUUAUAAAAUGUCAUGAAUUUGUUUUAAACGUGGCAAAAAAGGCGAAAGUUCCUAAAAGCGAUAUAGUUCAAACUUCUUUUUGUCUUUUGAUCUCAGACAUCGUACGCUAUGCCAUCACACCAUCAGUAGUAUAUUUACAUCCUAAUGAUUUCGUAGCGUGUAUUGUUCAAGUUCUAGAGAAUGAACAUUUCGUUCAUCUUCAUGAUACUUAUCUACGAUUGGCGACUUACGUCGUUUCAAAUCGACAUUACAGAACUUCAUUGUCUUUUGAUGACUGGAGAAAAUUUUUUAAAAUUUUCAUUAAAAUGUACGAUAAGUCAUAUAUAAGUGACCAAUGUAAUAUUUUACAAAAUUUAGAGCAUACAGUAUGUUUUGGAUGUUUACAGUGUAAUUUACUUCAUUUCAUUAAGGGGAAAAUAUUACCUUUCCUCCUAAAAGUAUCAAAUGAUGUCAGAAAAAAUUCAAUUCAAUUUGGACAACAGGCUCAUAAAUUAUUCUAUGCAGUAUGCGAGCAAAUGGGGUAUGAAAAUCGUAAAGUAUUAUGUGAAUUUAGUGAAAAAAUAAUGCCUCGUAUGCUUGAUGAUCAAUUGACGGAAGAAAAAUGUAAAUUAAUUAUGUUAUUUAUCACAUUGCAUCAUCCAAACGGUGCUAUAUCUAGCAAUCCAGCUGCUUAUGCAUCCGAAUUAUCCAGAUGGAAAAGUAUCAUGAUUAACCUUUAUACUUACAUAUUACAAAAUAUGAAAAGCAUAGCAAUAACAACGAAUUUUAGUACAUUAGCCAGUGAAGUUUUUUACCUCAUUAUGAUGGAUCAUAAUUUCUACGAAGAAGAAACAAAUUUAAAUUACAGUGAAUCAUCAAGGAGAGUCAAGCGGAGACGUUUAUCAAUUUUAAAAAAACCAAUUGAUUUAUUUAAUAUUGAGUAUAUCAAUGAUGAUGUUAUUAGUCAAUGGUAUGUUGUUGAAAUUCUUACAGUUAUGGUCAGAAAAUAUCCUGGUUGUAUUUUGAAUGGUGAUGAUUUCAUAACAUUGAUGAAAAUACUGAGUAAAUUAUUUGCUGAAGCGAUAAAAAAUGAAAAAAUAAUACACAGCUUAUGUGAGAUGUGCAAGAUAUUAUUAAUGAAGGAAAAUAUAACGUCUGAUGAUACAAAAUUUAUUCAAGAGACUAAAAAAUAUUGGGAAAAAAUUUGGCACACAUUAUUAAAAAUUCUGUGUCUGGAGCAAAAUGUUAUAGAAGGACAUAAAUUGUUACAAUUAAUAAUUACUUACGUGGGAAUUAUUAAUGUAAAUGAAUUUAUAUGUCUAUAUAUUACUAAUCAAAUAAGAUGGACACCGUCGUCUGUUUAUACUUUUUAUAUCUUUUCACAAAACGCCCACAUUCCAGAGUACAUAGGAGAAAUUCAAUCAAGUUCUGGGGAAUCAGUUAAAAUAAGAAUUUUACAAUGGAUUUUAAAAUUCUCAUCACACACAACAAUAACACCUUUGACUGUAACAGCUGUAAAUAAUGUUCUUACUAAUUUAGUGCUCAAAAUAUGGUACAAAAAAAAUUCUAAAAAUUCAUUAUAUGAAAGCGGAAUUAGUAAUAAUAUAUUUUUGAUCGACAGCGAACAAAAAUUUAUCGAUGAUAUAACAAAAUGUUAUAUCACUGCUGCGUUUGAAAUUGACUUGUUUAAGGAAGAGAGUUCUGAUUUAAAUACCGAUUCAACAAAAAAACUUGUAAAGCCUCCGUUUUCUGAAGAAAUUUUGGAAUCUACUGUAAUAAAAUUAUGCGAGUCAAUAAAUUUUACUGAAGAUAUUUUAAGAAAUACUGAUAAUGCAAUUUUAAAAUUAGCAAUUGUUGCUAAAUUUACGUCGAAUUUAUUAGAAUUAAAUGAAUGUAUUAUAAAUCAACCUAUCAAAGCAUUAUUAGAUGCGUUAAAACAAUCUCUCAGUAGUGUUUAUGACUUUAUAGCCACUGACAAUUUACUCAAUCGUGAAAAUCACGUUAUACCUUUAAUAAAAGCAUUUAUUACACUUUAUGAAACUCCAUACAAUAACAUAAUUACAAAAUUAAUUGUAGAUCAAUGCCCGCAGCAAAUUUUAAUUGGAUUUUUUGAUAUAAUCAACUAUGAGAACACUAAUGAACCAAACGGAUUGGAUGAAUUGGGAAUUAAAUACUAUGAACAUAUUUUUAAGCUGCAAGAUAGUGUUAAAAAAUCACAAAAAUAUUGCAAGCCACUGAGUUACUCAAUUAAAGUAUUUGACAAUGAUGUAAUAACAAUUGCGGCUCAUCAUGCUGUUCGAGCAUUUAUGUGUAUGAAUACAAACGAAAAAAUAUCUGAAAUUCAAAAAAAAAUUCUGGCUAAUUUACUUAAAGUUGAAAUUUAUGCACCGACAGUUGUUGGAAAUUUAUGGCAGAGUUUGGUAUUUUUAAAGAAGCUAAUACAAUGCAAAAGAAGUUUUUAUUCCGAUGAAUUAAUUAUUGAUUUAACAAAAUUUAUUAAUAAAUUAUUUCACAAGUGGGAGUACGAUCCAAAUGCUAUUAAAAGUAUUUUUGAAUUCUUGCCUUUUAUUUACGAAUAUAUUUUGGGUGUUGAGACAAGCGUACAGCAUAUCAAUGAAAUAAUUCUGUACACUCACAAUCAAUUAAAUAAUAAAUUUGGACCGGGUGUAAGUUUUAGUUUUCUUAAUUUUUUAAGUAAAAUUAUUAAAUUAGUUCCUCAGAGGCAAUUAUCAUUAACUGACUCAAAACAACAGACUAAAUCUAUUGCUGAAAUUAUUCUUGUUUACUUAAAAAGUCCUUAUUAUAUUGUGCGACUUGAGGCUAUAAAAAUAAUCUACUAUAUAUUUUCUACUCCAGAAAUAGAUUUGUUGUUAAAAAAAAAUAUAUUUAAGGCUAUUAACACAAUUCAGUCUAAUAUAUUUAUAAUUGAUAAUGAUGUGACAGAUAUUUGGAAGGAAGAUGAGUUUAUAAAUAGAACUACGUCAGCGCUGUAUACUUUUGGAAGUAUAUUACGUGGAAGUGGUUUAUAUCAAUCACAAGUAUUAAAUUCAAUUCUGCGGCUUUAUGGCGAAGUUCAAAUUUCUAUUGAUUCUAUAAACAAAAUUCUGAAAAUAGUUAUGAAAAAUGAUCGCGAUCGUCUUAAAUUAAUUGAAAUGAAUCUUUAUUAUCUUUUGAGAAAGUGGCUUUUAGAAAAAUAUUCAACGAAACCAUUUCCUUGGGAGUUAACUCAGUCAGAAUCGGAGAUUGAUUUUUACAAACGUUAUAUGGGAACAAUUAUUUUAUUGAAAUUAGAAGAACGUAAUUUAUCAGCAGUGGAAACUUUGUGUGAGUCAAUUGGAUAUUCUUUUGUCAAAGCUAUUGAAAAUUGUUUUCCAUCUUUAAUGACAUGGCUAUUAGUCUGUUUAAAUUUGGAUUCUGAUAAUGAUAAUUAUGAAUAUGCGAGGGAAAUUUUGACACGAUUGCGUAAUAACAGCGAUGAGUUUGAAAAUAUUAAACAAUUUUCACAAUUAAUUGAAGAAAAAAGUUAUGAUCUUCUAAUAGAUUUGAUAAGCAGACUUCAUGAUGAAGAUCAUUUUCGUAAAAUGUUUCAAGUAAAUACAGACCGCUUUCCAAGAUAUAAUUUACCUUGUUUAAGUCUUCAAGUAUUAGAAAAAUGUUUUCAGUAUCUCGAAUCAAACUUUCCGGUAUUUAAAAACAGUUUGAUUUAUUUCUUGGCUUCAAAAAAGCCAAAUAUACUGCAAAAAAUUUUAUUAUACCUCUCAAAUAAUAUUUUUGACUUUAAUAUGAUUGAAUAUAAAUUAAAAGCAUUUCAUCAGUACACUUACUUUUGCAAUUAUUUAGUACAAAAAAUUUCAAGCGCAUUUUUCAGUGAAAUAGUAAUUUUUUUUAUCCGAGAUGUGUGUUGUACUUUAUUAAAUUUAAUCAAAGAAGAAAUAGAUUCACUGUCUGAAUUAAGCGUGAAGUUUAUGUAUUUAUUUUUACGCAAAAUAUUACCUUCAAGAUCUAAAGAAAUAAGCAAAGUAUUAAAUUUUAUAGUAACUAAUUUAACUUCAGCGAUUCAACAAUCGGAUAAAAUUACUGAAACAGGAAUACAAAUUCUACGGUUUCUAACAAUUGAUUCUAAUGAAAUUCUCAAAGAAGCUAUUAGCAAAUUAGAUGACUUUCCAAGUCAUCCAUCGUUUGAAGGAUUACAAAUAAAUAAUUCUCUUAAUAAUUCAAGAACGUUAAAUCUAAGAAAUAAAAUAGAAAAAUUUUUAGAGUCUAAAUAUGAACAAACAGCGACUCAAAGUUCUAAAGGUUUAUUGAUUUUAAAAGAAGAAUUAUCAAAAAAUAAAAAUGAAUUACUUGAAAUGUACAAAGAGUUGGAAAAAUUACGUGGCUUUGCUGAAGACUGUACCUCUAGUAUUAUUCAUAGACUUAUUUACAGGCUUAUUAAGUUAACAGAAAAUCAAAAUGUAAAUGUAUCUUUAGAUGCUGCUAAGUGUCUCGGUGAAUUAGGGCCCGCUGAUUUAACAACAAUGAUUUUGCAUCCUGAAGAUGAUCAGAAACGAGAAAGUGGAGAUCCUGCUGAAAUGCUUACGUAUCAAAUAAUUAUACGACUAGUUGAAUUUAUAAUUGACAGAAAUGUCAAUUUACGUAAAUCAAGUGCUGAUGCUUUAUACAUUGUGUGUGCAUCUCCUUGGAGUCAUAAAAUAUUAAAAAAAAACAGUGGAAUUAAUACGGAAGAACCAAUGUUGUUGGCUUAUAUUCAGCCUUUUUUAACAAAGGAUAAUAAUCAAAACUGCGGUGUAUUAUUAAACAUUGAAAACUGUAAAAAAUUUAUUAACCCGCAAAACAAUUUAUGGAAAAGUGACGGAAUAAAUUCUUAUCAAAAAUGGCUUAUUAAUAUAACAUGCAAAGUAUUAAAUUGUUUUGAUAAUUUUUAUUCAACAAUAUUAAAAGCUGUUUGUCAAUUAAGUACCGAGUUUUGUGAAACUAUUUUACCAAGACUUCUUUAUCUAAUUAUUUAUACGAAUAAUGAUUUCGCAGAUAAUAUUUACGACUGUAUAAAUUGUUUUUUUGAAGACUAUUACAAUUCUUCAAAUAAUUUAGAAAAUCCUAUGACGCCAAAUCACAAUAAUUCAACCAAAAUCGACGAAUCAUUUAGUCAUCAAUCAGUAAGGUGUAUGUUAAACAUCGUUAAUUUUAUAAGAAUCCAAUUGGAUAAUAAUUUUAUAUUAAAAUUAAAUUAUCUACAUAUUGCAAAAGCCGCUCAGUAUUGUUCAGCAUAUUUUACUUCAGUACUUUACGCAGAAUUGUACUGUGAAACAAUUAAAAAAUCAGUUGCUGAGCGACCGGAUAAUAUUUCUACGAUUGAUUAUAUUUGUGAAGUUAAUUACAAUGACGGAAAAUCUUUACAAAAUAUUUUAAGAGAUGCUUUCGUUGAAAUUGGAGAUCCAGAUUCGAUACACGGUUGUGGAUUAUCUCACUUAAAAAAUUCAUCUUCUAGAACUCAACAUUACAUACAUUUACAACAGUGGGAUAAAGUUAUGAUAACGCAAGACGCAGAAUUAAGUUUAGGAUAUAAAUCUUCUAAUGGUAUGGCAAACGCUCUUCGUCACUCAGGCUUUGAUUAUUUGUUAAAUAAAUUUAUAAGCACUACGAAAAACAAUGACAAUUUUAAUGAGUACGAAUAUGAAACGGCUUGGCGAUUAGCCGAUUGGAAUUUUUCAUCACCUGAACAGCAUUAUAUAAUUGAGGGAGAUGAUUCUUUAAAAUCAUUUGCAGACAAAGACAAAGGUAAUAAUUAUUAUUACAAUUAUCAUUAUCAAGCGCUUAAAUGCUUGCAUUCAAAUGAUAAUGUUGUCCUAAAAAAUUAUAUUGAUGUCGCAAGAAUGAGUAUUAUUAAAUCACUGAGUAACGCAAGUUUAGAAUGCAGUCAAACGGUUUAUCCAAAAUUAGUUCGACUUCAAAUGCUUCUUGAGCUUGAAGAAUUAUCAAUAUCUACUUCUGAUGAUUGGGAUAACUUGAUUGAUAAUUGGUAUAAUAAAUAUUUGCCAAACUUUAAUGAUUUUAUGUAUGUUGAGCCGAUUUUAGCUCAAAGAAUAACAAUGUGCAAAAUAAAAUAUUUAUCGAGUAAUAAUAAAUCAAUUAAAGAUGCUUUGAUAAAAACAUAUUUGGAACUAUCAAAAAUAGCUGAAUUACAAGGAUAUCCACACAUUGCGGUUCGUUUAUUAAUAACAUUGUCUAAUGAAGAUAAUUUAUCCGAUGAAAUUAAAAAUCAACUUCAGUUUCGAGAUGCACUUUUAAGCUGGGUGCGUAAUGAUCGUGAUAUUGCUCGAUAUUUAAUGCGGGAUUUAUUGAAUAAAAAACAAAGUUUGAGUUUAAAUGCACAAGCUCUAAGAGUUUAUGGAAAUUGGAUGGCUGAAACUAAAACAGAAAAUCCUCAAGCUGUUAUUGAUAAUUAUUAUAAAGAGUCUAUUGAAGUUUCUAUGAAAAUUGAUAAUAAAUCACCAGAAGAUGCUGAUAAUUUAAAUUGUACUUAUGCAGCUUUAGCUCAAUUUGCUGAUGCGCAAUAUCAACAAAUAAAUACAUUUAUGAAAACUCCACAAUUUGAAAGUUUAAAAGACUGCGCUAAAUACGCUCAAAGAACUAAUAAUUUAAAAACAAAUUCUAAAGAUACAGAUGUUAAUAGAGCAUUGUCAACUUUGAAGAAACAAAAUUCAAUAGAUGUUGCUGAGUAUAUAAAUAUACAAAAUGAAAGAAAAAUGUAUUUAGAAUUGACAACAAAGUAUUAUUUAAAAACAUUAGAAACUGGAGAAAGUCAUAAUUUUUUUAUAUUUCGUCUUAUUUCAUUGUGGCUAAAAAACAAAGAUAAUAAUGAAUUAUAUCAAUUAUUUAAUGAUCAUUUAAAUAAAAUACCAUCAUUUAAAUUUAUUCCGUUGAUACCACAGCUUGCACCGCAUUUAAGUGAUAAAAUAGGCGAUAAAUUUACUAAAACAAUUUAUGAAUUAUUAAAAAAAUGUGCUAAUGAACAUCCUCAUCAUACAUUACCGACUUUAUUUGCAUUAAUGAACACCCGUAAAGAUUAUGAUUAUUACAAGCCUGGCACUAAUGUUAUGGGUGAGCCAAAUGAUCGUGAGCUUGGUGCUAAAUUGUUAAUAUCAGAAUUAAGCAAGAGUAAUAAAUUAUCACCGAUAAUAUUAGAGAUGAAAAAUUUGGCUCUUGCGUUAAUAAUGCUGGCUUAUUUUAAAUUUGAAGGACAAUUGUCUUCCAAUAGCAUUCCAAGAGGCCAAAAAAUUCUUACUGUUAAAAAUUACAACCACUGUAUGGUACCUACAAUAACAUUAGAUGUAGAUCCGAGUGGAAAUUAUGAUGAGAUUGUUAGUAUUUAUAAAUAUGAAGAUAGUUUUAGAGGUGUUGGUGGAAUGAACGCUCCCAAACAAAUUGAUUGCAUUGGUACUGAUGGUGUAAGAAGAAAACAACUUGUCAAGGGUAAAGAUGAUUUAAGACAAGAUGCUGUAAUGCAACAAGUAUUUACGGUAAUGAAUAUGCUUCUUAAAACAAGUAAAGAGUCUAAGCGUCGUAAAUUAAAUGUUCGGACGUACAAAGUUAUUCCUUUAUCCCAAAGAUCUGGAAUUUUGGAAUGGUGUGAUAAUACUGAACCUAUUUUUGCUAUUCUUAAUGGUAAAUCUAAUCCAAAAACUCUUGGAAUGCAUGAAAAAUAUCAUCCAAAUGAUUGGAAAAUAGUCCACUGUAGGACUGAAAUUAAAAAUGUUGCUACUAGUCGGAAUAAUGUUAAAUUACAAACUUAUCUUAAAUGCUGUAAACAUCUUCAGCCUGCAUUCCAAUACUUUUUUAUGGAGAAAUUUCCAUCUCCUGAGACGUGGUUUGAAAGGCGAUUAGCCUAUGUUCGCAGUGUAGCGACGAAUUCAAUGGUUGGAUAUAUACUGGGUCUAGGAGAUCGACACUUUAGUAAUAUUUUACUUGAUACAAAAACUGCUGAAGUUAUACACAUUGAUUUUGGUAUUGCAUUUGAACAAGGAAAAGUUUUGCCAGUACCUGAAACGGUUCCUUUUCGCUUGACUCGAGACAUGGAAGCAGCAAUGGGAGUUUCGGGCGUUGAAGGUGUCAUGCGUAAAAGUAGUGAAGAAACAAUGUCAGUGUUACGUAAUAGAAAAGACAUAAUAAUCACACUUUUACAAGUUCUUCUUUAUGAUCCUUUAUUUUCUUGGGCAAUAACACCUGCUAAAGCAUGGGAACUACAGAGUGACAGUCCUGGGCAUAUUAAGGAGGAAAGCCAUUUUGGUGAUGGCAAACUUAAUAAAAUUGCCGAGAGAGCUUUAUUGAGAAUUGAGCAAAAACUGAUAGGAACUGAGGAAGGAUUGGCUACAAGUAUAUCAGGUCAAGUUGAACGACUUAUUCAAGAGGCGCGAGAUCCUGCUAAUCUCUCUCGACUUUUUUGUGGUUGGCAGGCGUAUUUGUAAUUGUUAUAUUAAUAUUGAUUUUUUAUUUUGCAUUUUUUUAAAAUUAAAUUCUUAAAUCUAAUAUAGUAAUAAAAAUGCGCGUUGGUUUCUAUGAUAGUCAGCUUUCUAGUAAAUUAUUAAAAUUUGUGUCAUGAUUUUAUGUGAUAAUGCAAAAAUUCAAAUACAUUAAUAUAAAGAAGAAAAUAUCACGACAGAUUAAAACGUUAAAAAUUUCAGUUUUUCUUUGUUUCUUCUAUAAAUAAAUGAUAUUGUUUUGUAAUUGUUAUGCUAAUCAUUAAAAAUUCUUAUAAAA